CGCCCACAGGGAGAGAGGGAGAGGGAGAGAGAGAGGGGAUGGCGAGCGCCGAGCAGAUCAGCUUUCAGGAUCGGGCGCGGUCUCUGGCGGAGAGAGCGCAGUCCAUGGCCCCCGAGGAGCUGCUGUUCAGGUACAGGGGGCAGCUGUACCCCUCUCUGCUCAGCUCGGAGCAGACCCUGGCCCGGCUCGGCACCUUCCAGGCCAGGACCGACGACUUGUUGCUCUCAGUUUAUCCCAAAUGCGGGUUUAAUUGGGUGUUUCAGCUGGUUAAGAACAUUGUCAAUGUCAAUGAAAAAGAAUCCGGCGAAGAGAAGCAUGAAUCUAAAACUCAUUUUCCGUUGCUGGAGUUUGGUGGGCCUGAGAAAUUUGAGGAGAUGAAGAAGCUGCCAUCUCCCCGGGUUUAUGGGACCCACGAACACUAUGAGAACAUCCCGAAAUCUAUUAUUGAGCAAAAAACCAAGAUACUGGUUGUGCUUCGCAAUCCCAAGGAUACAGCAGUGUCCUACUUUCACUUUUGCCAAAACAACCCUCUACUACCAACCUUUCCAUCCUGGGAUGAGUUCUACAAAAAGUAUAUGACAGGAGAAGUUCCCUGGGGAUCCUACUUUGAUCAUGCACUGCUCUGGAACAAACACAUUGACGAUGAGAAUGUGAUGGUCAUUACCUUUGAAGAACUGAAAGAGAACCUUAUAGAGGGAGUGAAGAAGGUGGCGAAACAUUUCGGUUACUCUCUGAAUGAAGAACAGGUUCAAAAAGUCUCCAGCAAAGCCGACUUCAAGGUCAUGAGUGAAAACUCUCAGAAAACACAUGGCAACUUAGGCAAGAUUUUCUUCCGAAAGGGUGUGGUUGGAGACUGGAAAAAUCUUUUCACUGACAAACAGAGCGAAGAAAUGGAUGCAAAGUUUGAGGAGUGCCUGGCAGGAACAAAGCUUGGAGCUGAACUGAAGUACAACAUCUACUGUAAAGAUUAAACAAUAGCACAAGAAAUAAUUCACAGAUUUGCAAAUUGAGCCACUGCAGUUUCACCUAUUAUCAACUGAAACGAUUGCUGGAGCAUGAACACUUAACACAUGACAGGAGCUCUUCGGCAUGUCAGUCACAGUAUGACAUCAGCAGAUUGAAACUGAAGAAGAGCCCGAAGACAAUGCUGAACAUUCAGGGAAAGUGAGGCAGCAAAUCUGGGACCCUUUUGUAAAUUAUCUUUUUAAACUUUUGAGGCUUUUGUAGAGCAUUCCUGAAUGGUAAGCAAUUAUGAUCCGAAUAAGUAUGAAUGACAGAAAUCUGAAAUAACAGAAAAUACUGUUGAUACACAUCAGGGUUGAUCUGAUAUCCUUACAUUUGGUAUAGCGUUGGGAGAAUAUUCAAAAUGAUAAAUUAUGCUUGUGCUGUUUGUUUCCAAGUCUGUGCUUCCCCAAUUGGCCAUUCUUGACACAUCAGCCCAGAUGGUGAGUGUGUGUAAAUCCACUCUGCAAAUGGAGGCAGCACUGCAUUCAAACUCAAUCUUAUCUUCGCCCAGAGCCUGCACUUUUCAGCAAGGACGGGAAUUAGGAGCAGAAGUCCUUAUUCCUAACCAUACAUAGACAUACUGUAGUUACAUAAUACAUUUAUGUAUGACCUAAAUAAUCUGAAAGCUAAAUUCAUUAUUAGAGGUGAAGGUUUGGGUUUACCAAAACUCGCCAUCUGGGCUCAACAAGCAGAAUGGUCACUUGGCCAAUGUAUCAGUCGGCAGUGGAUGCCAUGCAACCAUACCACAGUGAAAGAUUAAUGGCAAAAAGACAAGAAGCUUGCCUAAGAUGUAUGUUGAUUUUCUCUAUUAUGUCAAUGAAUGUCAAAAUAAUAUGCAACAUCAAGGGUGUCCAGGCUACUAAAUGCAGUUUUAUGAAGGGAAUUUUUUUUAAUGUACACAGAGUACUCACUUCCUCAACAACUUAUUUGUGUUGCACUGAAUCAAAUACAAAUAAUAGACAACCAUUGGCAAUUUACACAAGGUCAAUUGGUAUCUGAAAGAAAAACAACAAAUUGCAUUUAUAUAUAUAUAUAGAUAUCACGUUUGGGGGACAUCCCAUGGUUUUGUUUAACAUCAAGAAUGUUAUCUUCAUCCUAACUGGAGUGCAGGAGUCCCUUUUGUGGGAAUGAGAAGGAUCACAAAGAGAAAUUCAGGUGAAGAAGGCCCUUUGGCCCAUUUGAUCUCCUUCCUGAUUACCACCUCUCCUGUGUUCCUAUGAUGCCAUGUUUCCACGAUCGUCUUACAUUAGUCAUUCCAUAGUCUUGGGCUCUACAAGCUUAAAAAAAACAAGCUUUCAGAUGUUGACUGUUUCAGAUGUACAGCAGUUUCUACAUUUAUGUCCCAUUUCCAACUUGUAUAAUUUACCUUUAGGCUAUUUUGUGCCUUUUGCUUUGUGUUUGCCUGUAAUUUCUGUGAUUCUGCACUCUGCUGCACUUCAGAUGAGAGCAAUAAACUCAGCUCACACCUAAUAUCUUCCAAUUUACAGUAUAUAGCUCAGUAGUAUGUUACUUAUUGAUUUACCCAAGGGGAGCUAUUACAAGCUUCCACAAGUACUUGUUAUCUUUUUUAAAUCUGUAAUGAGUAGUCCAUUAAUUAAGCUUAACGGAAUCUUUGGAGCUUUAAGCGCUUUCUGGUGAUGACUAAACAAAUGCGAUUUGAUCUUCAUGUACUCUGACUGAAUAGAUCUCCAGAAAAAUCUAAUUAAGUGGACAGUGAUUAUAUGAACUGUUUAGGUAUUACCUCGAUUUGGAUAACUGAUCACUUUGUUUAGAACUGCAUUUUCCUGUGUUGAAUGGAAUUAAUUUGAGCAUUUCUGAGCCUGUACAUGUUUUGUUUUGAGAUUGUUUUGCAUCAUUCGUACUUUAUCAUAUGCUGCAACCUUGAAUAAAAGUGGAAUGAAAGUGA